CAUCACGCCUGCCGUAGCUGCAUCUACCCGAGAGUGGCGCCAGACCAAUAACGUUACGUGAACCACAAGAUUUAUGUGUCAACGUGCAGAGCUGAUCUAAAGCGGAGCUGUCAGAGACUGAGGCAGCAGAGCUCGAGCCCGAUCCAGCUGCUGCAUUCAGACGCGGUGGGUGGCUUCAGAUGCCCGGUCUUCGUCGGAGCUUGAUUUAAGCAGGACAGUGGUCGUUUCCUUUUAGUAUUUUGCCGUUUUUUUUAUUAGUUACGUUCGCACUGAGAGAUUCGUAAGUGGUCGUACCAUAAUAACGAUUGUUAACGGGUUUCCGCUAUGAUUUAAAUGAGGCGACACACCUUUUUUAUGUCGGGGUGGUGUAAUAUAAGCUAUCAAAAGACGGCUAGCAGUUAGCUGUUAGAUAGAGUUUUUCACCGUUCGUCAACUGCGCGUUUGCAGAGGGAUGCAUGAACGCAAUGCAUUAAAAAACGUAAGGGACACAUUGCAUGUCGAGAUCCGGCGGAGCGCUGCUGAUUGUGAACAGCUCGUGUCAAGACCUCGCCAAAGAGCCACGCGCGGAGAGGGAUUUGAUUCAUCCGAGCCUGCUCGCUAAACAUGGCCUCUGCAGCCAACAACCUCGCUUCAUCCAUUGCCAGCAAAUACAAGAAGAAACAUUUCGUGUCUCAGAAGGUGAAGCUGUUUCGGGCCAGCGACCCGCUGCUCAGCGUCCUGAUGUGGGGAGUCAACCACUCGAUAAAUGAACUCAGUCACAUCCAGAUUCCUGUUAUGCUGAUGCCUGAUGACUUCAAAGCCAACUCAAAGAUCAAGGUGGACAACCACCUCUUCAACAAAGAGAACAUGCCAAGCCAUUUCAAGUUUAAGGAGUAUUGUCCCCUAGUCUUCCGCAAUCUGAGGGAGCGGUUCUCCAUUGAUGAUCAGGAAUAUCAGAACUCUCUGACACACAGGGCCCCAAUUCCCAGUGACGCUCAGGGCCGUAGUGGAGCUCGUUUCCACACUUCAUACAACAAGAGGUACGUCAUCAAGAUCAUCACCAGUGAGGACGUGGCCGAGAUGCACAACAUUCUCAAGAAGUACCACCAGUAUAUAGUUGAGUGCCACGGAAACACGCUGCUCCCUCAGUUUCUGGGCAUGUAUCGCCUCACAGUGGAUGGAGAUGAGACCUACAUGAUCGUUACUCGUAAUGUCUUCAGUCAACGGCUGCCUGUUUACAAAAAAUAUGACCUGAAGGGAUCAACAGUGGCAAGAGAGGCUACCGACAGAGAGAAGCCACGUCCACCUGAGGAGGGUCCGUCCAAAUCACGCAUGAGCCAAAAGCUACAAACCAUCCGGAUUGCCACACGCUUUUACUGCGCCAUAAGACACACCAAGGAGCUUCCAACUUACAAAGACAAUGACUUCAUCAAUGACGGCCAGAAAAUCAUCAUAGAUGAAGAGAACAAGAAAAUGUUUCUGGAGAAACUCAAGAAUGACGUAGAGUUCCUGGCCCAGCUGAAGCUGAUGGACUACAGUCUGCUGGUGGGGAUCCAUGACGUGGAGCGAGGGGAGCAGGAACAGCCGGAGGAGGAGAUUGAAGACAAUGACGCUGGGGAGGAGGAGGGGACGGAGAGUGAUGGAGGGGCCACUGGCUCCCCGCCAGACAGCCCCAGUUACACACUAGACAGCAAUAGACCUCUGGGCCCGGGAGAGUUUGACCCCGUCAUUGAUGUAUAUGCCAUCAAGAGCCAUGAAAAUGCUCCUAAAAAAGAAAUCUACUUCAUGGCAGUGAUUGACAUUCUUACUCCGUAUGAUGCCAAGAAGAAAGCAGCCCACGCAGCUAAGACGGUCAAACAUGGGGCAGGGGCAGAGAUCUCGACGGUCAACCCCGAGCAGUACUCAAAGCGGUUUUAUGAUUUCAUCACCACUAUUCUGUCCUAACCGCUUCCUGAGGCUGUAACAUUAACAGGUGGUCACAUAUGAUCUCAUAUCCUGGGAGAGGUUUUGCUGAGUCUCUCUCUCUCUCUCUCUCAUGUCUGGGAUCUGUCAAGAUCUU